ACACGAUUGUUUUUAGCACGAGCUCACCUUCCACCUGCGAUAUUUGGAAAAAAGAAGUGUGUGCGGGUGUCCAGAUGGCCCGUCUCAUUUGAAGGCCGCUGGACGUGGAUUAAAACAUGUUGUAAGUAAUACUCACUUUCAUCAGUCCCUGGCCGUAUCAGAUGAACCGACUCCGAGGAAGUGCGUCCAGUGCCGGGUUACACCGCUCCGGUGACUCCAAGCUUUUCUUAAGUCGGUUGUUGUCACAUAAGGUGAAGUGCCAAGGACUUGAUCAAAUAUUUAGCAUGUUGUUUUCUGUCUCGGACAUUAGUUGAUAAUCCUGUGCGAUAGUUCUCCUCCCCUUCACCGUGUAUUCUGAGCUGGCGAUGUUUGAUCUAAUCAAACUAAUGCUUCUGUAUGUCACAGAGGGUUUGGUGUGUGUUCUGUGGCUGCACUGAUGCAGUAAGUGUGUUGGACGUGAGCUGAGGACAGUUUCUGUCUUGGUUCGAUUAGUUGAGAACAGGUCUUGUUGGCUUCUUUUUGAAUACAUUUAUUUGGUAGGAGAAUCAGAACAGUUGGGCGGUGGGAUGCGCAGCUGGAGGUGGUUCCUCUCCAGAGUCAUGCGCCUCUUCCUGCGCUGGUUCAGGCUCUGUCCCCGACGGGGACGCAGAAAGCGGCCGAGCCGAUUACGGGACCUGUGGAACUAUGGGACGGUGCUGCUGAAGUCUCUGUACUUCAACGUCCUGACCAACUCAGACACUGUGAUGGACUGCGUCUUUGAGCCCAUCUACUGGCUGGUGGACAACAUGACCCGCUGGUUUGGAGUGGUGUUUGUGUCUCUGGUGAUCGCCUUGACCAGCUCCGUCGUGAUCAUCGUGUAUCUGUGUGUGCUGCCCAUCAUCUUCAGCUCGUACCCCGUUCACUGGAUCCUCUGGCACCUCUGUUACGGACACUGGAACCUUCUUAUGAUAGUUUUCCAUUACUAUAAAGCCACGACCACGUGUCCGGGUUUUCCGCCGCAGGAAAAGAGUGAAAUACCAACUGUUACUAUCUGUAAAAAAUGUAUCGUUCCUAAACCAGCUAGAACUCAUCACUGCAGUAUCUGCAACAGAUGUGUUUUGAAAAUGGACCACCACUGUCCCUGGCUGAAUAACUGCGUUGGUCAUUACAACCACCGUUACUUCUUCAGUUUCUGUCUGUUCAUGACCAUGGGCUGCGUCUACUGCAGCAUCAGUGCCAAAGACAUGUUCCUGGACGCUUACAACGCCAUCGAGAGCUCCUAUCAAACUCCUCCUCCGGUCUUCACCCAUCAGGAGAGAAUGGUUCAUAAAAGUCUGAUUUAUCUGUGGGUGUUGACGAGUUCAGUGACUGUGGCGUUAGGAGCGCUGACGUUGUGGCACGCGGUGCUGAUCACCAGAGGAGAGACCAGCGUGGAGAGACACAUCAACCGCAAAGAGAGAAAACGACUCAGACUGAAGGGCAAAGUUUUCCGUAAUCCAUACCACCUUGGAAAAAUUAACAACUGGAAAAUAUUCUUUGGUGUUGAAAAGCAGAGUGACUGGCUGACACGAGUUUUGCUGCCGUCCAGUCAUCUUCCUCGCGGGGACGGUCUUUUGUGGGACUGUCCCGCUUACAGGAACAACACCAUGGCCAUUUGACCUCACAGACCUGGAGCCGAUGAUCGGAUCCGCUCAAACACUCACGUGAUGAACUCUGAUGACUGAAAGAGUCUCUGCAUCGCUCCUGUCCUUCAGAAACAACAUCUGCUGUCGUUUCAGCCUCAUCUGAGGGUUUUCUACUGAAAUGUGUGUUUGUGGUGCAGCGUCAGAUCCCGUUUUCAGCUCGUGCCGAGUCCGGAGUCGUACUUGGUGCCAAAGACGUGAUGUGAAUGGAUUUUACUGACAUCUGUGGAAUAUUUAUAUUUUUUAACUUUAAAUAUUCAGUUUUGACGGUGAUCGUGAUGAUUCGCGAUCUGAAUGUCCAGUUAUUUCCAAAGUGGUCCGUGCGUUUUGUUAAAAUGAAGUUUACAUUUACAAAGGUUUUCUAAUGUUUUUACAUGAAAUCCGUCUGUAGUUGUACAGUGUUUACUGUGGACUCCAGACAUCUGAGAGCAUUGGAAAACUAUUUGACAUAUUAAAUAUUUUAUAUUCUUUUCCUAACUUGAAUUUUAGGAAGUCUGCUAUUUGGUCCGUUCACUGUUUGCUUUUAUGUGUCUUGUGCAAGUAAUAACGUGGUCAAAAUUAAAAUAACAAUUGUGCAAAAAAAAAGUAUAUGUAUUUUUUUCACAUCAUAGAUUGAAGUUUUUCAAUUGUUAAAAAAUCUUAAGUCUACAAGGUUUUAAUAAAUAUUCAACAUUUUAAAUAUGAAGUAACACUUUGCAUAUUUUCAGUAUGUUCUCAGACUUUUGGAUUCCCCAUAAAUGUAAGUGAGAUAUAAAGAUGUUUGCCGUUUCAGUGAUUUGAGUGAACAGAUCAUUCUGUGGUUUAACUGUCUGAAAUAUGUUUGUAACUUUAAAAGUCCAGCACAUACUGUACAGAUGAACUAGCGUGACAUACAAUGGCAAUAAAACAGUAGUGGGAAAUGACGACAGAGGACACCACCACUGUUUGUAUCUUCCUUUUUAAACAUAAAUCAUG